AUGUCUGGAGUCUUCUCGACUCUCAGACCCGACAUGGAGGACCAGCCAAUGCCAGACGUAUGCUAUGUGCCCGCAGACUCGGCGCCCCACGAGGAGGCCGUCGAUACCACCACCCAUGACCCUAUGGAUUGCGCUCCUGAUUUCCCCUCAUCUAACAUUCCUCAGGAAACCGUCAAUGCCCCUUCCGCAGAGAGUCCUUUGUAUCAGCUCCGAUCCGUGCAUAUUCCCGGAAAUCCAAAGGCUGUGAGACUCAACGGAAAGCAUGAAGUCAAGCCCUCCUUCCCCCUCCGCACCCCGCUCAUCAGACCCGAUCAUCGCUUCUCUCCGAAUAAUCGCACCGCCUCUCUCCUUAGCUUUGAUGCUAUCCAGAAGAGCCGACUUAAUGCGCAGCCUUCCCAUGCUUCAGUUGGUACCAGCAAGUACCUAAAUCCCGGCUCGAGCCGCGCCUCUUGGUCAAACAACAAGCCCCUCAGCCUGCCUUUUGGUCCUGAGAGGUCAAAUGGAACCAAUUAUCUUCUUGGAGGCAAGUCUAUCGGUAUAGACAAGAAAGCGUUUCAUAUGAAUUCGUUCCCCACCAAUAAACCCUCUGGCUUUACUACGCCUUCUCGCAAGAGGUCAAUGGAUGAUGGUAGCAAUGAGCAAGCUCAGCCCAUCACUUCACCUUCUGCUAAAUUUCGUCGUGUGAGAGCUGGUAGCUUUGCACGUAGUGCUGCUACUGACAAUGAUGCCACUACCAACGAGAAUGAAUGGUAUCCAGGCUCGCCUAUGGACAUCGACACCCCCGAACAUAACAACGAACCAAAUAUGAUUACAGCCCUCGCGACAGUCGAGGCUCACCUUGAUCUUCCCAAUAUCUCUCCUAACUCGCGUCAAGUUGACGCUUUUUCAGUCAGACCUGUUACCGCUCUUGCGAUCCCGACCAGCCCCAGCACUCCAGAUAGCCGUAUGAUGCCUGGAGCGUGGCCCGAGUCCGUGCCGUCUCAGUCGUCCACCAAUGCUGCCACCGAUGAUGAAGAUAGCCCAAUGACUUCCAAUGAACUAAUUCUAUCCAACGAUACGGAUAUGGCCGAGGCUGAGGAGCCGACUGUUCCUGUGAUUCAGGUUGCCGAACCACAGCCUUCUUCACCUUGGUAUGCUUACUGGGGGACAUGGCAAGACUACAUGCAGACCGUUGUCUCCAUUCCUGUUGGAAUCACCCAAAAUUUCUCCUAUGCGGCAAGGUCCGCUGCCAAUGCGGUUGGUGCUGCUAAGCGUCGCGUGUGCGCACUUUGGAAUCGCCGCGGUGGACGUCGUCCUCCUUCGCCUCCUGGAUCGCCCACGCGCCUCAACCUUCGCAACCUGUCUCCGGAACAGCAGGAACGCAUGGAUCGUGAUAGAAGAAUCCGAAGUGGAGAAUCUAGCCCUCGUACCGACAGAUCUUUCCCCGACUUCUCCAAUGUUCCCAACUUCUCUUCUAACAACAGAACGGCUCCUACAGUCGAGUCUUCCCGAAUCUUGCAGGACCUUGUGUCUCAGGAACAGAGGCCUCAGGAGCAGCAAGUGCCUGAAGAGCAAGUGACCCAGACACUCAGAGGCUCUGUUUCUGUUGAAAGACGUGCUCGUGGUUCAAAGAAUAUGAGAACUCGCACCGCUCGGAAAUCCCCUACACGCUCGGCUCACCGUUCAGCUCAACGUUCAGCGCAAGAAACAACCCAAAAAUGUCUCCGUCAGCAAGGAAGCCCGGGUAUUCGCAAGCACCGGUGGAUAACGCGUGCCGAGCGCGCCGAGAACCGUGAGCGAUCUGCGCCUUUCAGAGCCCUUUUCGUUGGGGACAUCGCCGGCAUGAAGAAAGCUAUGGAAGCUCAGGCCGCGCGUGACCGUCAGGCCUCCGCCGCAGGUAGCCGUGCUAUUGAACCCAUCUUGAUGAGAAGCAACGAUGAACUAGACAGAGUACAAGACAUGAACAUGCUGGCGAACUUCCAGUCUCGCUCAGCCACUAUUGGCAUCAUUUCUGAUGACACCGUCAAAUUGGGUGCCACUGAAAAGAUUCUCUCAGCGUCGACCACUGUUGCACCUAAGACAAUCCUCAAGGUCAGAGGAACUCCCGGCAGUUCUGGGAAUAGGACCAGACCUCGCCGCGCCACUCCGCGCAAGGUUCGCUUCCGUGAGCCCGUGGUAGCCGAGUUCAUUGACGACACGCGAGAAUGGGGUGAGGUGGAGGACAACCUGGCACCCCAUCUCGGAGAUACAUUUGAUGUGAAUGAGAAGACAGCACCUGAAACCAAUGUUGGUACGAAGGCCGAACAGGUCACCGAAAAGGAAAACGUGCCGCCAGUCCCCGAGAACGAGGACGAGGAUGAGCCCAUCGUUGACCCCUGGUCCCAACCAACCUUUGAAUACCCGCUGGGUCGAGCAGUAUCGGCCGUCAGUCUAUUUUACCCCGAGCCAAGACCCAUUCCAGAGGGCCGAACUGAGUCUGUGUACGCCAACCGCUGGAGGCAGAUCCAAGAAGAAGAGAGACAGAAAGAGCGCCCAUCACGGAUCAAACCGGAUGGCCCAGCUGUACGGCCCCUGUCUCCCGAAUGGGAAGCCCGCAUCAAAGAACUUCAAGAUGGGCGCGUAUCCGGAGGGAAAACCGUCGCAACCACCCUCUCCGGUGACCCUUUAACGAAGAGGUCCCUCGCCACCUGUUACACGCGCGGCGAAUGGCUUAACGAUGAGAUCAUCAACGGAUACCUUGCCCUUAUCGUUGAUUACCUUCGCCGCAAGAAUCACAACGCCGGCCGCAACGACAAGCCCCGAUUCCACGCCUUCAACUCGUUCUUUUUUUCGAACUUGAGAGACAAAGGCUACGACUCCGUGGCCCGCUGGGCCAAGCGGGCCAAGAUCGGAGGGCCACUCCUCCUCGACGUAGACACCGUCUACAUCCCGGUCCACAACAGCCAGCACUGGACGCUGGUUGUUGUGCGACCGGGAGAACGCUCAAUCGAGCAUUUCGAUUCUCUUGGGGCCCGGUCUCGCCGCCACAUCGCGGUAGUCCAAACUUGGCUCCGCGGCGAGCUGGGCCCCAAGUACGUCGAGGAGGAGUGGCGCGUGCUGCCGUCCCUGUCCCCCCAGCAGGACAAUGGUUCCGAUUGCGGGGUCUUCCUCCUCACCACCGCCAAGGCUGUGGCCAUCGGCCUCGAGCCACUGUCUUACGGCGCGCAAGACACUCCACUCCUGCGCCGUAAGAUAGUGGCCGAGCUGAUGGCCGGCGGCCUAGAGGGGGAAUUCGACCCCGCCCAGCAAGACCAUGUCUUGCUAUGA